AAAGCUGUUUUGCUGUGUUGUGUGAGAGCAGCAGUGUUUGUCGCGUGAAGUGGGCGGGUCAGUGCUGCUGAUGAUGUCAGUGCUGAGGGUUCAGCUGGACUGACUAACUCACUGACCGCUGGAUCUGAUCUGCCGGAUCACUGCUGGAGCCGCUCUUCCAGCGCGAGGAAGUGUUGAGUGUGAAAUAUUCUGGUCACUCUGAAAUAUCAGCCACAACUGUUGAGUCCAUAAGAAGAGGCACAUCUAGAGAAAACCAUACGUCUGAACAUGAGGAGCGUCAUAUGUUUCAUAGCUCUUUUUCUGUGUCUGAGAACCACAGCUUCAGAUUCCAGUGUGAUCUGUGAGCUGGAGAAUGUUCCCGGAAACCGCAAUGAUUGGAUCGCCCUGCAGGAAAUGUCUCUGGGAUGCUGGACGGAUUUCACCAGCCAGGACGGGAAAGAAGUCCACAUCCUCAAGCUGCUAUCCUCACCUGGAGAAGAGAAAAUUUCACAACUCUUCUUAACUGCAGCAAACCCAUCGGUGGUGAUCAUCACCUCCAGAAGCAAACUAAACAUCAUGCUACAUGGCAAUCCCAAAGUGAACAUCUACGUAACAAACAACACUUCAAUAAGUUUUUCCCAGCCAGUUGGAGGACCUCCACAAACACACAUUGCCACAUUCAUAGACAGCGAUUCUGAAGUUCUGAAAUGGGCUGUAGAGACAUUUGGUGGAGUGACGUCCUUCACCACAGCACGAGAUCCCGAGAGCAUCACUUUCACCGGGAUUAAAGCUGCACAGCGACCAUCAACGUGUGUCCUGCAGCUGGAAACACCAGCAGAUAAACGGUUCAUUGAUCUGAAGCUGAAAUCUGAAUCUGAUGAGCUCAAAUCAUGUUACGAAAAGCCUUCUGAGGAACCACUGCACGUGAUCAAUAUUCCUGAUGACAUCAAAAUACGGAAUGUUUCUUUGCAUAUAUCAUCCAUGUCUAAAUUGUUCCUGAGAGGUCCAACAGGCACUGAGUGGAUCAUCAAUGACGCUAAAGUAAACAAAUUUGUGACGAACAAUCAUAUAACCUUAAAUGGGUUUAGUGUGCCAGCGAUGUUUACGAUCUCUGAUGACCCUGGAGAAAUCAAGAAGGAGGUGUUGUUGCGCUACAACAGCACCAUCACCAGCUACUCUGAGAUCCGUCUCAAUGUGACAUACAUCCAGCUGAGGAUCAUGGACAGCACUAGCUCCCCGGUUGUUUCACCUGUAGUAUCAGCAGAAGUGGAGCACACCACACGAGCACCCAGUUCUUUUCCGGUUCCUCUUCAGAUGCAGCUGUUCUCAUCUCCAGACUACAGGUUGCCUCUGGAUCCCAGCAGCAGAGAUCAGAGUGACAAGGGGUUCUAUGCGGAGAUCUCAAUUGAGAGCCUCGGAGAAGAAAUGUUUGGGAUUUUCUCCAGCAUUAAGGUCAGCAGCUGUAGGGUUCGCUCCAUGCCAGUGGUGACGAAAAUAUCGUUCGAAGAGGAGCCAUGCAACAUCAAGAACUGUCCUAAGAGACUCUCCUUCAAGAUGCUUCAGGACCUGCCAUCCAGUUCGUGGGACCUCGAAUGUGCAGUAAAACUUUGUCGCGAAAGUAGAAAUUUUUGUACACCCGAAAUUCAAGUCAAGAGGAGCUUGCAGGUCAAGCCAUAUAUCUCGACACAAAAUCCGUGUUUUGAGUUCGGACUCUUGGCUGUUCUGGGAAUCGCAUUCGGAGGAUUUCUGAUUGGAGUUCUCCUCACCGGUGCUUUAUGGUUCAUUAAGAUACGAACAGGGCAUCCUAUGGCUCUGGGAAUGAGAUCAACGGCAGCUGAGCUCUCAGUCUUCUCUAUAUCCGGAUGCCCUUGUGGUUUGACCAAACGGCAGCCAGUGCCCACCCACCCGUCUCCCUCCGAGGACAGCAGUGCCAACGCCAGCAUUGGCAGCACCCAGAGCACACCCACCAGCAGCAUGGCAUAAUGCCAUUGCCAUGCGUCCCUCUGCACCUAACGCUCUCUCCCUCUUGAAACCAUCUCGCUCCACAUGUCCCAUCAUCCAGAGCGAAAGAAAAAGAGAGUCAGUAGCAAUCCUGAAACAUUCCCUGUACCUCACAAUACUCCAUUUGCAUUCCCGGCUACGGGAAGUCAGUGGGGACGAAGAACAAAAAAAGAAAAAAGCUUGGCUCCCAGAGACAGGAAAAACAAUGCAUAACCCCCAGGAACUAACAGGAAAUUCGUCGCAUUCUUGCGCCGGUGCCUCUCUGAUUUCACAGACAAACAGUGGUCUGACGCACCAGUUCGCUUUCAGACACAGCUAAAUGUGGCUCAAAGAGGCGACCGAACAGACGUCAGACCACCCCAUAUCCAAACACUCAUCUGUGGACUGAACUUUUGAAAUAUUCCAACAAAUCAAACUAUUGGACAUGAACAUAAAAGGAAUACCUUGUUUAGUUUUAGAGUUCGUACUGAAAGGCUGUCUCAAAUGGGACAGAUUGGGAAAUGGCUACCUCUGAGUCUCUGUGGAUAUAGAUUUGUUUAAUAUUUGUUUGACCAUAACUAGAAACAGUUGCUGAAUCUCUUGAAAUCUGCCAAAACGUGUCAUAUUUAACCCCUAAUCAAUAGAAAUACAGAAGCAGUACCUUAUUUAUUUAUUUAUUUUUUUUAGCAAAGUUACAUUUUCUGAUGCAGUGAAAAAUCAGAAAUGUAAUUCUAAACUGAGAAUUUUUAGCAGACUUCUAUAUUUGCGUUCAUUUUUUAUUUCACUUUAAUGGUAAUACAUAGGUCCUUUUGACAAUAAGAGUAAAAUUACUAAAUCUAAGCAGAGGAGCCUGAUAAAAAAAUGCUUAUUUUAGAUGAACAUUUCAGAUGGCACUUUGAGACUUUCGAGUCUGAACUCUUAAUAUAUAUAUAUAUAUAUAUAUAUAUAUAUAUAUAUAUAUAUAUAUAUAUAGUGUUGUCACUAAAUCUUAAUCGCGAUUAUUUUAGAUUAUAAUAAGAUACAUUUAUUAUGCAUGUAUAAAGACACAUACAUACAGUAUGUAUUAUAAAAAAUAUUUACAUGACUAUAUUUAUAUUAAUAUAAUUUAUAUUAUAAAUAGAUUAAAAAAUUAAAUAUAAUCUAUUUUUACGAAAUAUAUACAUGCAUGUGUAUGUAGAUAUACAUAAUAAAUAUGCACAGCACACAUACAUACAUAAAUAAAAACUUUUACUUUGAAUGCGAUUAAUCAUUUGACAGCACUAUAUAUAUAUAUAUAUAUAUAUAUAUAUAUAUAUAUAUAUAUAUAUAUAUGACUUUUUACUUUGAUUACGGUGUGAAAUAUGACCGAAAAUGUUUCCAUGAGAUUCAUAUAAAUUGAUUUUUUUUUCUUUUUUCCUAUCAUAUAUAUAUAUUUGACAUUUUGUAACUUUGUCUUUAUUGAGUGACAAAAUAUAUUUUAUAAAUUACUUUAGUAAUUAAAUGACUUUAAAGAUGUUUUGUGUGUGUGUGUUUUUUCCACACUAUAAUAUGUAGAUGCUUUAAACAGUUAAAUCAGUAUAAUGUAGAUUCAUUACAAGAUGUUGGCCUGAAUUUUCCUAAAUUGAGGUCUCAUCUUUUCCCCCAAUGAUUUUAAAUAUUGCAAGUCAAACAAACACAUAUCCAUUUACAACAGUAUACUGUAUAUUACACAUUUAAUGUGUAUUCAUUCAUGUAUGUUUACAGAAUAUACAUUUAUUUGUCUGUUUAUAUAACAAAAGAGCAAGAGAACAUAUAAAGUGGGUUAAAAAAUGAAAGGGCUAGUUCAGAAAAAUCAUUGGUCAUCAACCCUCAUAUCUUUCCAAGCUUGUAUGACAUUCUUUCAUUUGUGGAUCACAAAAGGAGAUGUUUAGCACAAUGUUCACACUGCUCUUUUUCAUAUAGUGAAAGCAGACAAUGACCAGGAGCUGUCAAACUUCAAAGAGGACAAAAAUACCAAAAACGUAUUAAUCAUGAACACUUCCGAAGUCUUCUGAGGCCAUGUCUUGAGAAACUAACCAAAUUUAAAUAUUUUUUAACCCAGGGAGGAAGAUUUUCAGUGUGCAACAGCUUCAAUCAUUGUGUAUUGCUGAAGUGUAUAUGAAGUGUACUGCUGUGAACUGUUCCUUUAACAUCAGGUGGAUGUGAAAAGCAGGAAAAUGCCACUUGAGCAUUUGUGCAAUAUCUGUGGUAUUACUUUUUGUUCAUAUAAUUGUUUGUAUGCUAUUUUUUAUACUGAAUUUGUAUAUUAACUCAGCAUUUGUACUGCAUGUUCUUUUUUCUCUGGAACUUUUCCAUUUAAAGCACUUACUGUAUGCUCAUUAUCUGAAGUCAUAUUUCUUCUGUUCUAUCCAUUCUGAAGAAUCAUUUUAUUCCAGUUGGACAUACUUUAAAUUAAAUCAUUAAAACAUUGA